UCCUGACCAGUUUCAGCACACCUGAUUCAGCUUGUUGACAGAUUUUUUAACUAUUUCCCAUUGGGGAUGAGGAUUCACCAGCAGCAUCUGACCGAAAAUUCAAGACCGACAUCACUUAAAUUGGCUUGAAGAGCAUAGUCAAGUCAGAUGUACUGGAAAACAUGGAAAAAGCUGAUCAAGCUUGCCAGUAUCUUAACUCUCAUAAGUAUAGCCAUCUUUUGGUUGUUUGGGGAACAACUGCCUGUGGGUUUCUUGGUCAGUAUUGCUCAUAAACCAGAGAGUAUGCCAGUCCCACUGAUGGACAUAAGGGUGGCAAAUUUAUCUAGUUCUCAACCUGCUUCCCAGUCUGACUCUGCUUACAUCUCUCCCACUGACUCCACCUUCAUCUCACCUAAAGAACUCCAAUUGAUAGAACAGACACUAAAGUGGCCAGCCCCUCCCACCUCUGUGACUGCAGUUAAUCAGUCAACGAGCCCUUACACAAGUUCAUACAUUUUUCAGAACCCACGUACAAGCUACAGUGUUGGAGACAUUAUCUCAGUGGUCAUAACGGCAAGAGAUGGUUUAAACAACUCAAAAGUCUACGGCGGGGAUUUCUUCCAAGCGAAACUGUUUAAUACAGAACUUAAAGCAAGUGUAUAUGGGGAGGUGGUUGACCACCUCAAUGGCACUUACACUGCUAACUUCAAGCUGCUCUGGGCAGGACAAGCCACUGUCGCAAUACGGCUGAUACACUCCAGUGAGGCUGUAGAGGUGCUACUCAGGCACAGAGAGCGAGAUCCAGACAAGGUGUUCUUCACGGUGUAUUCAGAGGCUUGAUCACAGGAGAAAGUGGUGUGUAAUGCCCAGAGGAGUGAGAGGUUGCUAAAGGCAUCUCAUUGCUGCUGUGAAUACAGACAUCCAAUUACUGGAGAAUCAUGGAUUUGUCGUAGACCCAACCAUCUACCAUGCUCAGCCUGGGUGGACCAUGACAUGGGAGGAUACCAAGCACAGCUGUCCGAACUGGAGUCCACUCUGUUACAGAGCACAUACACCAAUAAAAAUCUACCUGGAGAAGAUAUCGCAGUGAAUGUGUCUCAUCGUGAUCUGGACAUAGGACUUGACACGCCCUCACCGGCCGGAUUCUAUCUGCAUGACAAUUGGACGUCACUGAUGUGCCACACCCAGUCUUUCCACACAAUUAAGCAGACUGUAGCAUGCUUGAAAGACAAGCAGGUUUUGAUGAUGGGGGAUUCUACGUUGAGACAGUGGUAUGAGUACCUGCUGAAAACUGUCCCAACACUAAAGCAACUAAAUCUGUUCACCUCGGCCAAGUCUGGACCGUUUGAAGCAGUGGACACGGCCAACAACAUUCGACUGGUAUGGAGAGCUCAUGGCCUUCCAAUACGGACGUCCCUGACCCCCCGUGCUGACUUACACUACAUUGCCUCUGAAGUGGAUGCUCUAGCUGGAGGUCAACACUCUGUUGUGGUCUUCACCAUCUGGGCGCAUUUCACUACCUUUCCACUGGCCACGUACCUACAGAGACUGGCUGGAAUCCGUAGAUCUGUCCUAGCCCUUCUCCAGAGGGCACCACAGACCCUUGUGCUGAUCAAGUCAGCCAACACAGGCUACAAGGACAUUUAUGGCAGUGAUUGGCUGUCAUGGCAGCUGGACUGUGCAUUGAGGGUGAUGUUUAGGGAGCUGCCGGUUGUGAUUAUUGACGUUUGGCAAAUGACGUCAUGUCACUACUUGCCAGAUGACAUUCAUCCAUCUUAUAAAGUGAUAAAGAAUGAGGUAGAUCUGUUCCUCUCAUUUGUUUGUCCAAGAUAACAGACUUACAGUCACAGUGAAUGCUUUUCGAUAUUACAACCCCAAUUCCAAUGAAGUUGGGACGUUGUGUAAAACAUAAAUAAAAACAGAAUACA